AGUUUCACUUCUACUUUCGACCGAGACGGUGGCUUCGAAACGUGUUCUCUUGUGCUGCAUCUAUUCUUCCUUCACAACAACACAUCAAGUGCUCAUAUUCUCAUAAUAAUAACACUCCCGGGUCCGGCAAUCAAUAGUAGUAGGCUUAGAAAAGCACACAGCCUCCCUUGUUCAAAUCGCUCAGGUUCAUUGUUAGGGCAUCGUAGUAGCUUUUGCAUUUGCAUACCGAUACACGACCGCGAGGCUUCCCGGUGCGUUUAAACAGGGGUUUCACGAUAACAAAAAGUGCAACAAUAAUAAGUCAGCAAAGUUCAACUUCAUCGGCGUAUGUGUCGAAUGCAAUUCAAUUAAACUGCAUUCAACCCCAACAGUGAAGGAAAAACCAAUUUGAAUAAAUUAAAUUGGAAAAAUCCCCACAAUACAAGUCAGUGAAAACGUGAUUGUGUCUAGUGCUCGUAUCGUGUGUAGGCGUAUUUCCUGUCGUGUCCUGUCGGCUUCCGUUCGAUUGUGGUGGUAAAAAGGAGCAAGAGAAGAGUGGUUUCAAUUGAUCUCAACAAAAAUAUAUCAAAAGGCGUAAUAGUGGUGCAGGAAUAAAAAUAAAAUGUCAGCUGAGUCGGAGCUCUUUUCGGUCCUGAACCGUCGCCAGCAAAUCAACGAUGCGUUGGAAAAUGGCGAAGAAGUGAAGCACACUUACCGUGUCGUCAAUGUCUACACCGAGUUCCACGAGUUCUCGCGGAAGGAAAUUAAGGACUACCAGGCGACCUUCUCCAAAUAUGACGUCGGAAACGAUGGCUACUUGGAUCUGGCGGAGCUGAAGAUCAUGAUGGAGAAGCUAGGUGCCCCACAGACGCACCUCGGCCUGAAGGGAAUGAUCGCGGAGGUGGACGAAGACAAGGACGGCAAGAUUUCAUUCCGGGAAUUCCUGCUCAUCUACCGAAAAGCUCGUGCCGGUGAAUUGGAAUGCGAUUCCGGGCUCGGCCAGUUGGCCCGCCUUACCGAGAUCAACGUCGACGAGGUCGGUGUGAAUGGGGCGAAAAACUUCUUCGAGGCCAAAAUCGAACAACAGCUGAGGACGAAUAAGUUCCACGAUGAGAUCAGGCAAGAGCAGGAAGAGAAACGCCGCAUGGAGGAGGAACGAAUCAUUCGGCGGCAGCAGUUCCAACAGCGGGCCGCCGUUUUCCAGUAGACAGAGAACAAAGCCACAAACAUGCCAAAGUGUACGACGCGCUCGGCCCAGUCCCAGAUAAUAAGGAAUUCGUCGAACGUGGUCAAUGGAACCUGUCACGUGGACGCCUGUGUCUCCAUUACGAAUAAUCUGUAAAUCUGUAAAUGUUUGUCAAAAGGGACAGUCUAUUUACUUUGUAGUGUCCCGUUAGAAGUUAACGAUGUCUUUUAGAUGGAAAGAUGUGUCAUUUUAAGUUUAAGUGAUGUUUUAAUCAAUGCCUACUUCGGUUCAAAAGAGGGAUGUCAUGUUCUCAAACGGAAAUCAAUGUGAUAGAGAAGGAAUCAAAGGAAGUGGAAACGAAAGAAGCCUUAUUAACAAAGCAAGCUUAGUUAGACAAGAGGAAUGUGGAACGCAAAAAAAAAAAUGGCCAUAUGUUGGAUUCUGCUUUUCGGCAGAAAUCACGAGGAAUCUCUCUUUGGAAUUCCACUAUUUUAUUUAAUGUGUAAGUUUUACUGAUUGUAUAUGAUUUCACUUUGCUACACACGCAGAAACGAAAGUUUCGUCCAUUUUAAGCAAACCAAUUCCAGUAACUAGCAUAUCUAUCUAUAAAAAAAAACUCACCGUUGCACUGAAGUAUUACAGAGUAGUGAAACCAACCAAGAAAGCUCACACAGAAGAGAAAAAAAUGAAAUAUAUUUUUGAUACCGAAGGAUUAGUAGGAAUGUUGUAGGAAAUGAGUGCAAGCGAUAAAGGUUUUGAGCGUGCUUUUGCUGCUAGUGAACCGAAGGGAAACCACAAUGUAUGGAACUGCUAUAUUAUUGUUAGGAUAGGUCGUGCGUGAAAAAGUUUUAAAAGUGUAAUGUUUAGCUUAGUAGUGUACAUGUAGCGUUUAAGUUGUUUUAUCAAUCAAAGUAGAUGUUGCAUCAGUGGCAUAAUUGUACCGCAAAGUUACAAAUAAAUGUUCGUUUCGUGGAUUGCACUUAGAAUGAUAAAA